ACUUUUAUAUACUGCAGCAAGAGAUAUACAAAAUAGAAGGCAUUGAGGUUAUAGAUCAGUAUAAGGGAACAGAAGGUGAGAUGCAGUUUGUUGUUGCUUGGAAAAAGAGAAAGCAUGCAAAGUUUUAUGUUGACUAUAAACCGGCCAACUCGGAUAAAUUAGUAGAGUGCAGCUGUCGAAGGAUGAUCCGGAGGGGACUUCCUUGCAAGCAUAUUCUGCAUGUACUUGAUGUGCUGGAUUUGGAUGAAAUACCGGGUUGUUUAGUUCUUCUGCGAUUCUCUAAACAAGCUAGGGGUGGCUUGCCAGCGAGGCGCACGAGCGAUCUACAUGAUUGGGGUUUUCCCGUAGCGGAGGAGCGACAAAGAUUUACGGAGUUGAAUGUGUUACAAGCUGAAGCAUUGCAAGUUGCAUACAAAGAUCCACUGUUGUUCGAGCGGACCAAGGCAUUUUAUGCUGACAUUAUUUCAAACAAGAUGGAGUAUGAUAAUGUACCCAACCGUCUCACAAACUCGGUGAAUACUAAUGUAAAUGAAUUGGGUGACCCUGCUCAAGUUGCUGCUCGAGGUGCGCCUAAGAAACGAAAGCGUAGAGAUGAUGGACAAGGACCCGUGACAAUGAAUGGAAGGCCAUUAUCGUAUGACGAGCGGGGUAGGGGGAUUCGAUGUACCAGAUGCAAAAAGGCUGGACACACCAAACGUAGCUUGAAGUGUGACCUGAAUCCUAGGCAUGUUGCGCAUAUUAUAGGAGGUCAGGAUGAUGAAUGACUUAUUUUGAAGGACGAACUUGGCACGACAUUAUGAAGCUUGAGUUGGCAUGCCGAUAUGUUUUAUGUAGUCAUUGGCUAUAUGAAGCUGUAGUCAUUGCUCAUUAUGUGUUGUAUUACGUCACUAUACCCUCGGGUUUAAUUACGUCAUAACAGUUUUCAACAUCAUGCGACAGGAGAUUCGAACUUCACGUGAUAACAGAUUUGAACUU